AUGCAAGAAGAAGAAGAGGAGGAGGAGGAGGAGGAGGAGGAGGGAGCAGAAGGAGCAAGGUAGGUGAACGGAUGUCAUGCUUCUGCUCAUGUUGCUCAACAGGCCCGACUGGGGCUGCUUUUACACUGAAAUGAGCCUGAGGAAAUAUGGAUGUGACAUUUCAUCCCCUUCAUUUUGUCUGGGUAGAGUUACAGAGCAAUCUGAGGAAAUACGGCUUAAAAAUAAUGGUUAUGCUGAUGAUUUGUGUUUUUAAUGUCUCACAUGGGGAAAUUGAUGCACUAGCCGACCAGGUAGGGCAGACUGAGCAGGUUAAUAUUUUUGGGCUCCCAAAACAAAUGAGAGUGGGAUGAAAAAGAUCCUUUCAUACAUCAUUUUUUAAGCUAAUUUGUCAUGAAGUGAGCUCUAUAAUGCCACCGAAAUUGUCUUUUUAUGGAUGAUGCAGAUUUCUUUUAAUCAUUUGUUCCUCACGCUGAGGCGGUCUUAAAGCUGUUAUGAACAAUUCUUUUAUUUUCUGCAGACAUGAAUGAUAGGAAUGUCCUUUUUUUGGCCUUAUUUACCACCGAUACCAAAAUGCAACAUGAAAAUGUGAAAUUUUCUCUCUGAAAAUAGAUUACAGUUCAUGAACUGCCUUUUCUUUACUCUUUAUACUCUCAGAAACUAUAAGCUCAAGUACAUACGCAUGUUUUCACAAACAGAAUACAUGCAUUCACUUUUUUAAAACCUCCAUAUAAAUGCAUUUCUCUAUCACACUUCCACAUGCAGCCGGCAUUAACGCAGUAAGUGAGUGUAACAGUGUGCUCAAGCAGUGUGAUUACAUUUGCUCUGUUACUACACAAACACUCAACAUCCCUGCUUUGAACAUGGACAUGCUGCUGUACUCACACACACACACAAAGACAUACAAACACACACAUACACACACACGCACAUGCAACAAGACCACUGAAAAUCAAUGUGACAGGUUUCAGUCGUCCCUCAGUGUACACAUCCCCUCUCAGACUCUCUCCUGACAUCUGCUCGAUUACCUCCUACAGCCACACACACACACACACACACACACACACACACACACACACACACACACACACACACACACACACACACACACACACACACACACACACACACACACACACACACACACACACACACACACACACACACAGACGCCCUCCCCGUGGCCGCUCUAAGCCCCUCUGAGCCAUAUGAAAUGUAGUCGGUGCAGGAGAAACCAGAUACUGCUGGCUGUGUCACAUUGCGUUUGCCGCCACCCGUCAGGAGCGGGUCUGUUUGACUGCCAGACGUUAUGACAGCGUCAGUCAUCCUCCAGCCCAGCAGCAGGCUGCGGGACAGAGGGGAGGAAGAAGAAGAGGAAGAAGAAGAGAGGAGGGGGAGAAGGGGGGAGUGGAUCAGACCACCACAGGCUGAGUAGAAGGUGGUGAGUUCUGCGUUUACAUGGAGGAGAAUGUGAAGUGUCAGGUCUUACAUGCUAACACCUCCUGCAUCAGAUUUUUAAUAUUUUUUUGAAUAUCUUUUAAUCUAUAAAAGAAGGUUAUUGUUUUUUAAACAGCACCCUUUCCUUUGAUAUAGCCACACAUCCAAGACAGGGUGGGUGAUCCUGUUUUUUGAGCUGAAGCGACCUUUAGAGAGUCCAGGGUGCAGCAUUCUUUCGUGUGUGUGAGUGAGUGUGUGUGUGUUAGUGUCUAGUUUGCGGAUUUGACAGCUGGCAAGUUAGUGAUUGAGCUGCUUAUCCUGUCAGUCCUGACAGCCAGACCUGCAUUUUUAUUUCAUUUUAUGCUGCUUUAUAUAUUUUUUAGGCUAAGCUGCAGGAGGGUGCAAUAUGUCACCAAGAAAGAAGCGCAGCCAGCAGCCCGCUCCAACAAUCAUGGCAGUCAAGGACACACACACACACACACACACACACACACACACACACACACACACAAACAAACACAGGUGCACAGUAGUGAGAAAAAGCUGCACUUCAUACUUCCCGUACACACUCUGAAGAUGUGUUGUUGUCAGGCCAUCCGACAGCCGACAGCCCCACCAGCUCCCAUGUGGCCUGGAGAGUUUCCAGACAGCAGGACAGGAGGCCCGGACAGCAGCACCUCACGCCCUCACCUCAUCUUCAUCACAACCCCCCUCCUCCUCACCUCCACCCACCGCCUCUCACCGUACAGGACAGCAACCCUCAGAAGAGCCGGGCAGGAUGAGAGGUGAUGGACGGGCCGUCUCUGGUGUGAACUCUCGCCCUCUCCAGCCGACGUCAUGGACAGACAGCUCGCUGUGA